UCCCAUUGGGAAAGCUCACCAGGGGAAGAACCCAAAGGCAAGCCUUGGGUCUCUAGCCGAGACUGCCCAGAGAGAAAGAAGGCGACCGUGGUGUCCGUGGCCCUCAGCACAACUCCGCAGAAAUGCCUCCUCAGCUUCCCAACAGCCUCAACUUCUCGGUCAAGGUCAUCCAGGGCACCCUGGACAGCCUGCCCCAGGCGGUGCGAGAGUUCGUGGAGAGCAAUGCCAAGCUGUGCCAGCCCGAAAGCAUCCACAUCUGUGACGGCUCCGAGGAGGAGAACCGGCGGCUGCUGCAUCAAAUGGAGGAGCAGGGGACCAUCAGGAGGCUGAAGAAGUAUGACAACUGCUGGCUGGCUCUCACUGACCCCAGGGACGUGGCCAGAAUCGAAAGCAAGACGGUCAUCAUUACCCAAGAGCAAAGAGACACCGUGCCCAUCCCCAAAAGCGGCCUCAGCCAACUGGGUCGCUGGAUGUCGGAGGAGGACUUUGAGAAAGCAUUCAGUGCCCGAUUUCCAGGGUGCAUGAAAGGUCGCACCAUGUACGUCAUCCCGUUCAGCAUGGGGCCGCUGGGCUCGCCUCUGGCCAAGAUGGGCGUGGAGCUGACCGACUCGCCCUACGUGGUGGCCAGCAUGCGCAUCAUGACGAGAAUGGGGACACCUGUCCUGGAAGCCCUGGGCGACGGAGAAUUCGUCAAGUGUCUCCAUUCCGUGGGGUGCCCCUUGCCUCUAAAAAAGCCUUUGGUGAACAACUGGGCCUGCAACCCGGAGCUGACCCUCAUUGCCCACCUGCCCGACCGCAGAGAGAUCAUCUCCUUCGGGAGCGGGUACGGCGGGAACUCGCUCCUCGGGAAGAAGUGCUUUGCCCUCAGGAUGGCCAGCCGGCUGGCCAAGGAGGAGGGCUGGCUGGCCGAGCACAUGCUGAUCCUGGGCAUAACCAACCCCGAGGGCCAGAAGAAAUACUUCGCGGCGGCCUUCCCCAGCGCCUGUGGGAAGACCAACCUGGCCAUGAUGAACCCCACGCUGCCCGGCUGGAAGAUAGAGUGCGUGGGCGACGAUAUCGCCUGGAUGAAGUUUGACCAGCAAGGUAACCUGAGGGCUAUCAACCCCGAAAACGGAUUCUUCGGAGUUGCGCCGGGAACCUCUGUGAAGACUAACCCCAACGCCAUCCAGACCAUCCAGAAGAACACCAUCUUCACCAACGUGGCCGAGACCAGUGACGGCGGCGUUUACUGGGAGGGCAUCGACCAGCCGCUGGCCCCUGGGGUCAGGCUGACCUCGUGGAAGAACAAGGAAUGGAGCCCUGAGGAUGGGGAACCAUGUGCCCAUCCCAACUCGCGGUUCUGCACCCCCGCCAGCCAGUGCCCCAUCAUCGACCCUGCCUGGGAGGCUCCCGAGGGCGUGCCCAUUGAGGGCAUCAUCUUUGGAGGGCGCAGACCUGCUGGUGUCCCUCUCGUCUACGAAGCUCUCAACUGGCAGCAUGGGGUGUUUGUGGGGGCGUCCAUGAGAUCCGAGGCCACGGCGGCUGCAGAACACAAAGGCAAAGUCAUCAUGCACGACCCCUUUGCCAUGCGGCCCUUCUUUGGCUACAACUUCGGCAAAUACCUGGCCCACUGGCUCAGCAUGGCCCAGCGCCCCGCCGCCAAGCUGCCCAAAAUCUUCCAUGUCAACUGGUUCCGGAAGGACAAGGAAGGCAAGUUCCUCUGGCCCGGGUUUGGAGAGAACUCGCGGGUGCUGGAGUGGAUGUUCAACCGCAUCGACGGCAAGGGCGGCGCCAAGCUCACGGCCAUCGGCUACAUCCCCGAGGAGGGGGCCCUGAACCUAAAAGGCCUGGGGCAGGUGAACAUGAAGGAGCUCUUUGACAUCUCCAGAGAGUUCUGGGAGAAGGAGGUGCGGGAGGUGCAGACCUACCUGGAGGAGCAGGUGAACGCCGACCUCCCCUACGAAAUCGAGAGGGAGCUCCAGGCUCUGAAGCAGAGAGUCAGCCAGAUGUAAGCAGACCCAGAGCGCACCCCUCAAAUCACCCCCUUUCCAGUCCGUGAGGUGUGCUGGGAGCACGAGAGAGUGAGUUUCCUGAUGAGACCCCCUGCCACAGACAACGACCACACCGAUGGGCAUGUCCGACGGACACUUGAAUCGUUCAGAUGAGACCACAGGGUGGGGGCUAGUAGCUAACGAGGCUGGGAAGGGGAAUCUUAGCACGUCUCCCAAAUUCACAAUCCCGGGCACAUUUGUUCAAUCUUAAGGACACUCAGGCGUAUUGUCAUUUUUCACUUUAGCUAUGUCAGUUAACUGGAAUGCACAGAAGACAAAAAUACUUGAGCUGUAUUUAUGAGUGUGUGUGUGAUGUGAGUGUGUGCAUGUGUGUGAAUGUACUGUUAUCUAAAAUAUAUUUAAUACCUUUGGAAAAUUCUUGGGCAAGAUUACCUACUAGUCGUUACUAGAAAGAAAUGUCGCUUUAUUAUUAAUAUGUGUGUUUAAAUUAUUUUUAUAUACGUCGUUCCUUACCUUUGCAUAAUUUCACUUUCCCCCUGAACACUUCUUGGAAAAUUACAAAAUAAACUUUUCUAGGAAGACAGA